ACAGAAGUAGUAGUGGUAGUAGCCAUCAAGAAAGUCCUACAGUCCUAUCUUGUAAGGAAAAUGAGAAGAAAUUCCAUGGUGAAAAAAUGGAGAGUUCAAUUGAUGAACAACUUCAGACUGCUGCAGAUGAUUCUGUACGAAGUGAUAGUAUUCCAUCUCUUCCUGAUGAGAAAGACUCAACUUCUAUUGCAACAGAGUACUCUCUGAAAUUUGAUGAAUCUAUGACAGAAGAUGAAAUAGAAGAAAAAUCGUUUCGAUCUUUGCUGCCGUCUGAGAGUCAUCGCAGAUUUAACAUGGAAAAGAAAAGAAGUCAUCACGAUGACUCUGAUGAAGAAGCUUCCCCAGACAAGACUGCAUUAUCUUCUUCCAAGGCAGAAAUAAAACGUCUUCAGGAAGCCAAUAAAGCUGCUCGGAAGGAAAGACAACUCAUUCUUAAGCAGCAAGAAGAGAUAGAAAGGAUCCGGCAGACCACCAUAAAACUGCAGGAAAAGUUGAAAUCUGCAGGGGAGAAUAAAUUGGACUCUCAUAGUGAUGAUGAUACAAACAAUAAUAAAGCAGUUAGUCCUGGUCCAACUGGUUUGGAGACCCGAAGCCCUUCCCCCAUUUCAAUUUCCAGCAGUGAAACCAGCAGCAUCAUGCAGAAACUGAAGAGCAUGAGAAGUCGCAUGGAUGAAAAACACUGCUCUCCUGUUCACUACUUCUUCUCUGUCUUUACGUCUCACCACUGGGCCUCUCUCAGUGUCUGUUUUCCCAACCUUCAUCCCAAAUUCCAGCUGUAUAUCUACAACCAGUUGGUCAGGUUUCUGACAAAGCGAGAACAAAAGCUAAUGCAACGGCGGCAGCAUGCAGAGGAGCUUCUAGAGUGGAAGCGACGUUUAGAUGCAGAAGAAGCAGAAAUUUGUCAGAUGGAAAAACAAGCUUUGGCUGCCUGGGACAAAGAGUUAAAACCUAAAACUCCUAAGAAAGAACUGGAGAGCCAGAGAACAGAGCAGAAAGGAAUAGCAAGUGAAGAGGAAUCUCUGGUACCUUCCUACUCUCAUCUGAACAGUGAAAGCUCUAUUCCAGAGGAACUAGGCAGCCCUUCUGUCCUUUAUGUUCCAUCUGAGUCUAUAGUACAGGAACAGCCCGGGAGUCCAGAUCAUAGCAUACUUAUGGAGGAAAUGGUUUUUUCACAAGAACUAGAGUCUUCUACCUCUCCUUGUAAACAUUCACCUCCCCAAAACUGCUCAUCUGUGUCAAAACAGGAGACCAGCAAAGGAAGUCACAGGACAGGAGGACAGUGUCAUCUGCCUGUCAAGUCCCAUCAACCCUGCUGUAGUUGGUCAGAUGAGUCAUUGUCUAUGACACAGUCAGAAACUACAUCUGACCAAAGUGACAUUGAAAGUAGGAUCAGAGCUCUGAAGGAUGAGCUGCGGAAAAGAAAAUCAGUUGUGGAGCAAUUGAAGAAGGAACAGAGAAAAAGACAAAAGGAAAGACUAAAAGCCCAAGAAGCCAGUCUGAUCAAACAGUUAGAGUCUUAUGAUGAAUUCAUUAAGAAAACUGAAGGCGAGCUUAGCCAAGAUUUGGACACAUCACCAACAGCCAAACUUCAAAUUAAAACACUGUCCUCUGUUUCUGAAAAACCCAAGAUCAAGUCCCUUCCACUACACAGAUCUGAAACAGCAAAAUCUUGGAAAUCCCUAACAGAGUCAGAGCGCUCCAGAGGAUCCUUGGCAUCUAUUGCUGAGCAUGUUGAUUCUUCAUUAUCGGGUUCUGAGAGAGCUGUAUCAGAAAAGUCGUUAUCUGCCUAUGCAAAGAGAGUGAUUGAAUUGGACAGUCGAAUCGAGGAACAUUUGCAGGUGUCAUCUCAGAUCCUAAUAUCAAGGGAAGCGCAGAUAGAAUCUGGAGAUUCUCUUGAAAGUGCGCCUUCAUUACCUCUUCUCAAGGAACUAAAUGUCCCUGAUAGAAUUUAUGAUGUGUCAGAGGCUAAGGCUGAAGAAUUUAGUCAGAAUUCAGAAAUACAAGAAGUAGAAUAUACAAAAUUGGAGAAGAGUGAGAUUGAAGAUGCCUGUUCUAAACAGUCUGAGAAGUCUGAUGUCUUACUGAGACUGGACCUCAAUCAGGAUGACUCACCUGAAAUGCUUUCAAAGAAAAUUCUUCUGCUAGAUUCUGUAAAUGUUCAGAAUGAUCUAGUUCGGUUGAGCAUGGAAAAUUUUCAUCAAACAGAAGAAAUGUUGAAAGAGAAAGAGUCAGAUCAAAGUACAGAUCAUAGUCAAGAUAUCCAGUCAGCAAAAGAUACUCAUGAACAAAAAGACAGAGAGAAAAGAGACUCAUCCUUCUCGGAUCAUCAUUUUGUUUCUAAAGAAUUGUCGUAUUCUGAAGAUUUUGAAGUGUCUUAUUUCAAGAAAGGAAUUUCAGCUGAAAAUAUGAAUAAAGAUGACUCUGAGGUGUCAUCAUUGUCACUCAGGAAAGACUCGCAGUCUUGCAGAGAUAAGUCACAGCCAACCAGGAGCUCUAGAAGUAGAGCCACUGGGUUUGGCAGUGAUGAGGAAGUCAGUGAGUGCCCAAGUGAGAAAAGCCUUUCCAUUCACAGCGGUGUCCACUCUGAAAGGCUGCUGGAACUCAAGUCCCCUACUGAGCUGAUGAAAAGUAAAGAGCGCAGUGAUGUGGAACAUGAACAGGGAGUUACUGAAUCCCUUUCCUUGGCUGCAAUUUCUGCUGUAGAUGAGUUACUGGAUUUCCACAUUGGGGAUAGGGUGUUAAUUGGCAAUGUCCAGCCAGGCACUCUUCGAUUCAAAGGUGAAACUAGCUUUGCUAAAGGAUUUUGGGCUGGAGUGGAGUUGGAUAAGCCUGAAGGAAAUAACAAUGGAACAUAUGAUGGCAUAGUAUAUUUUGUGUGUAAAGAUAAACAUGGUAUUUUUGCUCCUCCUAAAAAACUAUCUCACAUUCUAGAAAACUUUAAUGAAUAUAUAGGUGUAAAUGAAGAUGAAGACUCUUACUCAGAUGAACAAAAUGAAAACUAUAAUCAAGAGCAAACAGAUACAGAGGGUCUAAAAGACAGAGAAAACGAUACAGUUGAAUAUUUUUGUGAGAAAUCGCUACCUAGUAUGCAUAAUAUAGAAGUCUCAGUGGACAAAGAUAGAAGCCUUAAAAUAGAAACAGACAGUAGACAGGCCAUCUCUGGGGUCCUAGAAAUCCAUGUUCACCAACAAUCAGUGGAUUCCCUGAUUUCUUCAAAGGAAAACAAAGAUCUUGUUUCUCGUGCCACAGAAAAGAUUUCCACUGCUGCAGAAGAUGAUACUCUGGACAGCACAUAUUCAGAAGAAUUGAAGCAACAGCAGUUAACAGAAAAGAAAGAUAAGCUUUAUUCUGAAGUUUCAGAAAAGCCUUCUACACCACUUCUGGAUCUUUUAACAAGAGAAAAAAACCAAUUAGAAGUUCAACUUAAAUCAAUAACUGAAGAAAAAACAUCAAAGCAACAACUGGAAACAAUAAGCUUACUGACAGACAGUUUACUAAAAGUCUUUGUGAAGGACACAGUCAAUCAACUCCAACAAAUCAAGAAAGCCAGAAAUGAGAAAAUCCUGCUUAGUAAUCAAGAUUAUCUUGAUGACCAAAAGAAAGUACCACUUCAAGACCAAUCCCCAAAUCUUGAGGAACAGUCACCCAGUGUUCCAAGUUGCUUUUUAAAGUCUGAAUUGGAUGAUGAAAAAGAAGAAAUAUCCUCUCCAGAUAUGUGUCCCAGACCUGAGAGCCCAGUUUUUGGUGCCAGUGGCCAAGAAGAGCUAGCUAAGAGACUUGCUGAGCUUGAGAUCAGCCGGGAGUUCCUGAGCUCAUUGGGAGAUGAUCAAGACUGGUUUGAUGAAGAUUUUGGUUUGAGCUCUUCUCACAAGAUCCAAAAAAAUAAAGCAGAAGAAACAAUUGUACCUCUAAUGGCAGAACCUAAAAGAGCACCCCAGAAGCCAUGUGAAACAUUAUUGGCAGUUCCUCAUACUGUAGAGGAAGUAGAAAGUCUUGUACAUAAUGCAGCAGAAGAACUUUGGAAAUGGAAAGAAUUAGGCCAAGACAUUCACAGCAUCAGUAUUCCUCCAAAACUGCCUGGCUGUGACAGUAAGGGUCUAGAUAUAGAAAGCACUAGCAAAAGGGUCUACAAACAGGCGGUUUUUGAUUUAACAAAAGAGAUUUUUGAGGAAAUAUUUGCUGAAGAUCCCAACUUGAAUCAGCCUGUCUGGAUGAAGCCAUGUAGAAUCAAUUCUAGUUAUUUCCGACGUGUGAAAAAUCCAAAUAGCCUUGAUGAAAUCAAGAAUUUCAUAGCAACUGAAGUGCUCAAACUGUUCAGUCUUAAAAAGGAGUCAAACCACAAAACAGAUUGGCAGAAAAUGAUGAAAUUUGGAAGAAAGAAAAGAGACCGAGUAGAUCACAUCCUGGUUCAGGAGCUCCAUGAGGAGGAGGCACAGUGGGUGAACUAUGAUGAGGACGAGUUGUGUGUGAAGAUGCAGCUGGCUGAUGGGAUCUUUGAGACCUUGAUCAAAGAUACUAUUGAUAUUCUCAAUCAGAUCAGUGAAAAGCAGGGGAGAAUGCCACUUGUGUGACAUCUUGCAAAUAAAUUGAACACUGAGUGCUAAUAUGAGUCCUGGGCCUUUCUGCCUCCUGAUAUACACCCCAUCUCCACCAUAGCAAGAAUGCUUCUGGACUUGUACCUGUUCUUACGGACUGCGGGUUUGGAGUUCAUGGGACAAUGUGGUAUAUCUGGUAUUACAGCCUUUGCCUUUACAGACUGUUCACUAGAUUACAUGGUUCGUUCCAGUGGGCAGGGUUAUACUUCUGGUGUUGAGAAUUGAUGUAAAACUACACUUCAUUAGCACCCUACCAGGUCUCCCAUGAGGGCUGAGAGCAUCAGAUUUAACCUCUGAGCUUAGACAAGGGUAUCACUUCCUUCACUUUCUUGAGUCUUGUCAGGAAAGAGAGGUAUAUAAAUUCAUCAUUUGACUUUUGAAAUGUUAUUCUAGUCCAUACCAUGAAAAUCAUAAAUGGAUAUUAUAACAUCUGAACAGUAUUAAACCUAUAACCACUUCUAAAAUAGGCAUAUUCAAGAUGUCUGCCUAUUUCACAUUCUGGAGUUUCUUUCCUCUUAAGGAAUAGUUUCUUCCAUUCUUGCAGUUGGGCGUCAUUAAGUGGACUGUCAAGUUAGCAGAAAUAGUGGUAGCCUUGCUUCUGAGCGUCACCUAAAAAAUCUGUUGCAUUGAGUUUCCUGUCUGGACUGAAAACAGAUGCCCACUGAAGAUGAGGCUCCAGGACUGCUGCAGGCCGGUUCUUCCACCCAUGUCUCACUCCUCCUCCUUUCUCCCUCGUCCUGAGCCUCUGCCAGCUGCUUCCAAAAUCACAGAUACUCAGGACCAUCUCAGGCAUCCAGGCAUGGCAAAAGUGGAAAUAAUUCAUUUUGGCCUUUCAACCUUUAGUUCCCAUAUCUCCCCAAGGAAGUCAGAUGCUAUUACUUGAAUGAUUUAGGAAAUGAGUGUGUGCACCAAAGACAAAAAGAUACUGUCUAUAGUUUGUGUGCUUGUUUUGCUCUGUGGAACAUUUUUUAAUUUAUUUUAAGAUAAAUUAUUAAGCUGAAGAUAGAUGUCCUGUUGAGAAGUGAAAAAUUCUUGUAAAAGUAAACUCCGUCUCGAAGUUUCUACGGUUUAGUCUUUGCACAGGAAAGCUGCAGUUUUAACAAACCCAUACACACACUGAGGAAGUCAGUUCAGUUCACCAAGAAGAAGACAAGCGUUUCAACAUCACGUGCAGUAGCAGGAGUGGGAGAAAAUUAUUUGAAAGACAGUAUAAAAUUUAAUCCUGCCUUUCUUGCAGCAUUGCUUCUUACAACUAUUACCUAUAUCUGAAAAAAUAUCUAGACUCCAGCUGGUACAUUAGAGCACACAGUGCUCUCCUGGGCCCUUACCUGCCUUGUUUCUCUUCAUCAGUCCUGUCUCUCUUCAAGUAAUCUAAAAGAAUGUGGAUAAUCUUGGGCGUGAAUGUAAAUGCCUUAAUCUUGACGGUCCUGACUAGAAGAAGUGCGGUAUAGACAUCCACUGGAUUCACAGUUACAGAUAUCCUGGAACAUUACAGCUUCCAAACAUGUUAAACCCCAAAGAUGGAGUAAACAUUAAGUGUGCACAUUUGUUCAUUUCUGUAUCUUUCUUCCAAACUUGCCUUUGCAUCUUAGGUGUUUCACUAUGCACACUUCAUUCUUCAGUUCAUCCUGUCAUUAUAAGGAAUUAGCUGAACUAAACAUUGGAAUAUUUGCAUUUUGCACAGUGACUGGUGUGAUAGCUCUUGACAAUAAGGAAAGCACUGAAAUGUUGCUAUUGGGUCUCAAGAAAUGCUCAGGUGGGCGUCUUACCAGCAUCUCUUCUGGGCUUUUGCUGUUGAGCUAUAGUCUUUAGCCAUAAUGCGCAAGUUGACUAAGAGAAGCAAAGGUUUUGGGAGAUGGGGGGGUUAUUAACCAGUAGUGUGGAAAUACUGUUUUCAUGUAACUAAUGAAAGCAAAAACAUUUCUUUCAGUUCAUGUUAUUUGAAAGACAGAAAACAUCUUGUCUGCAUCCCUUGGCUGUUUGUAGGAUCACAUUGUCUUUAUGAUACUGAAACUUUACAGCUGCUAUAAAUUUUUUAUAAAUAUCAAAAUAUUAUAAUAGGAAUAUAGGAUGUUUUCCAUGUCUUCAUUAUUUGGACCUAAAGUCAGCUUUUAAUAAGCUUAUCUUUACAACAUUGUAAUUCCAGAAAAGGAAAAACAUACUGAUACAAGUCCACAGGCUUAGCAGUCUGGACACUGCCAAGAAUGUGGCAGUGUCUGUCCCAACUGCCUCGAGCUGUCUUGGCUAUCCCAGUAUUCUAGGUUCCAGAUGAGAGGCAGGAAUGCCAGUCAUAUCCUUUGCUGGCAAUUAUUACCUAUAGUUGAGAAGUAAAAAGCAAAAGAAACUAGAGUUAAUGGAUUUCUUAUUAUUUUAACUAUUUGGAUCUGAGAUGGGUUUAUUUUUAGGAUUGAGAAUGGUAAAUGUGGAUACCCAGCCACUCAUUCCAUAUUGGGGUCUUUUUAACCAAGCUCUGCCUCAUAAUCAAGAACCUAAAUAUUCCCUCUUUCUAAUCUUUGCUCCCUCCCACACCCUGUCCUCUUUCAGUCUUUCUUUAUAAUUUCUCUAGUAAAAAGAUCUUUGCAUCAGCAGUAAUAUCUUUUAGAAUAGCACUAUCAGAAUUUAGUAUAAAAACAACAUGUAGGCUUCAGAUUUACUUCUGAGUCCAAAAAAAUUUGUGCUAUCCAGGGCAGUUAACUCUGGGUUAAAUACAGGGUAUCGAUUCCCUUUCAGGUCUAAACAGGAAUUUUUAUUCUAGGGAAAAGUGGGAAGAGCUCAAAUGUAGUUAAUAAGGAAGGUAAUUUGUUUUUCUUUUAGCUAAAAGAAAAGAAAUUCCUUCUGUGACCACAGGUCUCUGAGAAAUUACCUUUCAAAAGAGAUUUCAUUGCUCAUAAGAGUGUUGUGGCCUAUUAAUAAAACAGUUUUGUUCACUUUCUUGUCUUGAAAAAAAAGUGGCCUUAGCUUUUUGCAAUACUUGAAUAAAGUGUGUACUCGCAAAAGAAUUUCUGUAGCACAGCAUUAGAGACUCAUAACUUUUCUGCAAGAAAUUCAAACUUACAUCUUCCUUUUACUACCUUAAGAAUACUCGUGAAUAAAACAUUAAUUCAAAGAGCAAGUGAUAGAAACUACAAUGAUGUUCAAUGCAAAUUGUAGGAAUUUACAUGUUUACAAAUCAUCUUAAACUGGUUGUGCAGCAAUUCAAUAAAAAUCUUUGUAUUAUAAAAAUGUGAAGAAAAUGUAAACUGAUAUAAAGGAGGUACUGUCAUUUUAAUUAACCUAUGUUUAAAAGCUUUUCCUUCUGGACUUUGCAAAGCCUUCUUGGUAAACACAUUGCAAAGCAUUCUGUAGGGGGUUCAGCCUCCACAUGUGUACUGUACUGUGCAGACAUGAAAAACCCGUUUACUGUGUGUGUGUAAAUAGCCUGGUCAUCAGGCUGUCUUCAGCCAAUAGUCACACCCAGUGCAGCUCUGCACAGAAGACUAGGGGUGUGGUUUGUAAGUAUGCUCUGUAAAAUAACUGGGAUCAAGUCCCAUGUACACCUGUGUAAAUAGAUUUCUUUAACAAAAAAUGUACUUUAAGAAAAGAUAAAAUCUGUAAAUAAAUUGAUUUAUAAAUUAA